AGCUUCUCCCACAAUUUAUUAUUAUUUUCUCAUUUUCAUUUUUAUUAUUAUUAUUUUUUUUUUUUUUAAAUUACAUUUGUCACCGCUUUCAAAAGAAGUAUUAUAGAAGUGAAAAGAGAAAGAGAAAGAAAGAGAGAGAAAUAGAAGAGAGAGCCUUCCUCUCAUCAGAUCUGCUCGUUACUAUUGUCUUCUUCUGAGUCCGUAAACUGGUUCCCGAGGUUUCACCAUUCCAAGCUUCUAUGGAAAACUGGGUCAUCCUCAACUCCCUCUAUCUCCCUUUGAUUCACUGAGUCAACUCGUUUAUCUGUUUUCUGCUCUGUUUUUCUUGACCAGCUCAGUUCAAACCAUAAAACUAACCAAAAAAAAAAAAAAAAUUGGGUUGGCAUUGGGUCCGUCGGUGAAUGUAAAGAUCGCAAUGUUGAGGCGGGUUUUGACGGAGCUCCAUCGAUUCAUGGAGUGGCGUUGAAGCUCAAUUAUUAAGAGAGGUCGUAGGAGUUGUGGUAGCAGGGGUGUAGUCGUAAGAUGUUUAAGUCGGCGAGAUGGAGGAGCGAGAAGAACAAGAUCAAAUCUGUGUUCAAAUUGCAGUUCCAUGCAACUCAGGUAACCCAAUUGGGUGUGGAUGCCUUGAUGGUGUCUGUGAUUCCAGGGGAGCUGGGAAAACCGAGUGUGAAGUUAGAUAAAGCUACCAUUAGAGAUGGGAGCUGCAGAUGGGAAAAUCCAGUGUAUGAAACGGUUAAAUUUUCUCAGGACCCAAGAACUGGGAAAAUCAGUGAGAAAAUCUACCGUUUCAGUGUUUCAUAUGGAUCGGGCAAAGGUUGUGUAUUUGGAGAGGUUUCUAUUGAUUUUGCUGCUUAUGCUGAGGCCACUAAGGCUUCUACUGUCUCUCUUCCACUAAAGAAUUCUAGUUCUGAUGCAAUAUUGCAUGUUUUAAUUCAAAGGGUACAGGAGAAUGUUGAUCAGAGAGAGGUGGAGGAAUGUGAUGAGGUGAAGCCUAGACCCCAAGCUAAGAGCUUAAAGACCCACUUGAGCAAUGGUGAUGCAGAUAACAACAUUAAGAUUGAUGGGGCAAUAAACAAACCCACUAACAAUGGUGAAUCGAAUGGAAACCGCCGAGCAUCUAGUGGAUCGGACAUUACUUUGUCAAGUUCUGAUAGCAGCUCUGGACUUAACACUUCACGAGAACUUGGAGCAAGUGUAGAUGUCCAUAGGGAGCCUCCUACCUACCUAUCAUCUCUGAAUCACCCUUCUGUGCCUCAUAAAAAAGAAUCCUAUGAAGAUCACCAGAGAUCACAAUGGGACUCGUACGGAAGUUCUGACCAUGGAGUAAGUACAGAUGGUUCAACACAAAGUUCCCACAAUAUCCAUACCAGAGAAGAUUCUCAACAGGCUUCAGAUGUUGAGAUUGAAAAGCUCAAGGCCGACCUCGUUGUUUUGUCUAGACAGGUGGAUGUGUCUGAGAUGGAAUUACAAACUCUACGAAAGCAGAUCAUAAAAGAGAGUAAAAGAGGGCAAGAUCUCUCAAGAGAAGUUGCUAGUUUGAAGGAAGAAAGAGAUUCAUUUAAGGCAGAAUGUGAGAGGCUUAAAAAACGUAAUGACAUUGGAAAGGCCAAUAACAUAUCACAGUUAGAAGGUGGGGACGUUCGGGCUCUCCUUGAAGAACUCAGACAAGAACUGAAUUAUGAGAAGGAUUUGAAUACCAAUCUAAGGCUGCAGCUUCAGAAGACACAGGAUUCAAAUGCAGAAUUAAUUCUGGCAGUUGGUGAUCUAGAGGAAAUGUUGGAACAUAAGAACAAGGAAACAUCCAAUCAACCCAAGCAAUCAGGCUUUGACGAAGAUUGUGUGAAGCCAAGAGCAAAUUUACGAAACUGCGAGACAGAUGAAGAUGAUGAACAAAAGGCACUAGAGAAACUUAUUAAGGAGCACAGCCAUGAUAAUAAUACAACUCUCCUGGAGCAAAAGAUCAUAGACCUCUACAGUGAAAUAGAGAUAUACAGGAGAGACAAAGAUGAACUUGAAAUGCAGAUUGAACAGCUUGCACUUGAUUAUGAGAUAUUGAAACAAGAAAACCAUGACAUCUCCUAUAAACUUGAGCAAAGCCAGAUUCAAGAACAACUUAAGAUGCAGUAUGAAUGUUCAUCUCCUAUAAAUGAGCUCGAGGACCAAAUUGAGAGCUUGGAGAAAGAACUGAAGACGCAGUCAGAAGUGUACACUGAUUCUUUGGCAACAACAAAGGAGCUUGAGUCCCAUAUAAAGAGCUUGGAGGAAGAACUGAAGAAGCAAUCUAUAGAAUUAUCUGACUCUUUGAGAACCGUAAAGGAGCAUGAAUCCCAUAUCAAAAGUUUGGAGGAGGAACUGAAGACUCAGUCAGAAGAGUACAGUGAUUCCUUGGAAACAACAAAGGAGCUUGAGUCUCAUAUCGAAAGCCUGGAAGAAGAACUGAAGAAGCGAUCGAAAGAAUUAUCUGAUUCUUUAAUAACUGUAAAGGAGCAUGAAUCUCAUAUCAAAAGUUUGGAGGAAGAACUGAAGAAGCGGUCAAAAGAAUUAUCUGAUUCAUUGGUAACAGUUCAAGAGCAUGAGUCCCAUAUCAUAAGCUUGGAGGAAGAACUGAAGAAGCGGUCGAAAGAAUUGUCUGAUUCAUUGGUAACAGUUAAAGAGCACGAGUCCCAUAUCAUAAGCUUGGAGGAAGAACUGAAGUCACAGUCAAAAAAAUUCUCUUGUUCUUUGGUAACAAUAAAGGAGCUUCAGUCCUGUACCAAAAGCCUGGAGGAAGAACUAAAGACGAAGUCUAAAGAAUUCUCAGAAGCAUUGGUUACAAUAAUGGAGCUUGAGUCCCAUACAAAAAGCUUGGAGGAAGAACAGAAGAUUCAGUCAAAAGAAUUUUCUGAUUCUUUGGCCAAAACAAAACAGUUUGAGUCCUAUAUAAGAAGCUUGGAGGAGGAACUAGAGGAACAGGCACAGGUAUUUGAAGCUGACCUUGAGGCUUUAACUGUGGCUAAAGUUGAGCAGGAGCAAAGAGCAAUCCGGGCUGAGGAAGGGUUGAGAAAGAUGAGAUGGAAAAACACCAAUACAGCUGAGAAGCUUCAAGAGGAAUUUAGAAUGCUUUCCAUGCAAAUGGCUUCAACCUUUGAUGCAAAUGAGAAGGUGGCUAAGAAGGCAAUGACAGAAGCUAGCGAACUGCGUGGGCAGAAAAUCCAACUAGAGGGAAUGCUUCAGAAAGCUAAGGAUCAGCUCCAGAGAGUUAGGGAUGAUUACGAGGCAAAGUUGCAUGAGCUUUCCAGUCAAACAGAUGGAAGGAUGUCAUCGGACACUGACAGUGUGACCAAGCAGCUUGAGCAUCAGAAGAGGCACGAGGAAGAAAUAAAGGAGACUUUCUCCAGGGAGAUCUCUCAGCUCAAGGCUGAGAUUGAGAGGCUCAAAACGGAGAAUAAUUGUGUCUCCAAGAAAGAAGAGCAUUAUAGGGGUUUGAAGGUUGAGUUGGAAAAAAUGAGGACCUCUGCCAAGGAAAAUGAGAUGCUGAUAGAAACAGGAAAUGUGGAAAGAAAUGAGCUCAUAAAUUCUAUUGCUCAGAUGAAGAAGGAAGCGAAAGAGUUGUUGGAAGAGUUGAAUAAAAUAAAGAAUCUCAAGGAUGAAAAGGAGGCUACCGUGGAGCUCUUACAGUCGGAGUUGGAAAAACUUAAAGCACAAUAUGAUUUCUUAAAGUCGUCUGUGCUUAAAGACGAGGCAGAAAAAGAGAAACUUAGAAAGGAAGUAUUCCACCUAAAGAGUGAUCUAAAGAAGAAAGAGGAUGCACUCAUCAAUAUUGAGAAGAAGCUUAAGGAAAGCAAUGGGCGCACACCAAUUUUGGAUGGAACAAAAACCUCUCCAAAAAACAAUAAAUCUGUGGCAGUUCCCCGUGGUGGUCCGAAAGAAGUUAUUAGUAUGAGGGAGAAAAUAAAAGUGCUUGAGGGACAAAUAAAAUUAAAAGAAGCAGCCCUGGAAAUCUCAUCUUCUUCGUUUUUGGAGAAGGAAAAAGAUCUUCAAAACAAAAUCGACGAGUUGGAAAGCCGGAUGGAAGAACUCAGUCAUAAUAGUGCAUUUCAAAAGGUAGUUAAAGAUGCCAGUACUUUAACUUCAAGCGAGAAUGAAAUGUCACUGAUAAAGAGAGAUGAAUUUGUAGCAGAGGAAGGAAACAAAGGCCAAAAUGUUGAUAGCCAAGAUAGCAAUAAAGUUGAGGAAUUACUAAGUGAAUUGGCAUCUUUAAAGGAGAGAAACACAAUAAUGGGAAUUGAACUAAAAGAAAUGCAAGAGAGAUACUCAGAAAUAAGUCUCAAAUUUGCAGAGGUAGAAGGUGAAAGACAACAGCUAGUAAUGACUGUACGGAACCUGAAAAAUGCCAAUAAAAAGAGCUAGCUAGUAAUAAUAGUAAGUGAGACUCUACUGGUUCCUGAUAUAGUUGCAUUUUUAUCUACAUCAAAACCGUACACCAUGUAUAGUUAAAAAGUGAUUGGUUAUGCUCACAUGAGAAAAUCCCAGAUGCCAAAUUCCUUGGAUUGAAUAAAUUUAGUAUGUAUACAGCCAAAAUAUGUAUAUCUUUUUUCUUUUCUUCUUUAAUAUAUAGAUAUAUAUAUAUCCGCCCCAUUGGGUUUCAUACAGAAUACUUAGGUUCUUUGUCUCCUCCAUUGUUUUGUAGUAAAAAUGUUAUUCAGUUUUCUCUCUCACUCCGGUGCUCGUUUGGCAAUUUUUUUCACUUUUAAUUGUAAGAGCUUUGUCAUUAUAUGUAAGGUGUUAAUUAUAAGAUGCAUUCUUUUAUUUUUCACAAAAGAAAAUGACGAUUUUAUUUUUAAUUGGUUUCUUAUGCUAUUCAGUGA